AAAAGCCCAAAUUUGUUUCAUCUUUAACCCAACUCACCUUCAAAAAACCAACAAUAUCAGAAAAUCAUUUUCCACCCCUCAUCGGCUCUCGGUCAUCACUCGGGAUUAGGCGAAAAUGGCGUUAGGAUUAAUACUUGGAAUAGGACGGGCAUAUAGAAGGAAACGAACAUCUUCACUCAAUAUUCUUACUUCCAAGUCCGGACCUCGUGAUUACUACAAGGGCAAGAAUUGUAAACCAAUCGGUUUCCACACACGUAAAGGUGGUUAUGUUGUGGUGCAAGAGAAGUUGCCAAACUAUGUGGUUCCAGAUUUGACUGAUUUCAAGCUGAAGCCAUAUGUUUCCCAGUGUGCAGUCAAUGCUACCACAACAGAUACCGGUGCUCGUUCAGGCAAGUGAGUUUGGCAUACAUUGCUCGGGAUUUCUUUAUCUUGUUAAACAUAAAACAACUACUGCAACUGAAUUAUAGGUUUUUCAUAAGUUCCUAAGACUAGUUUAGAAGCCAAAACUCACGAUUUCAGUUGCUCUGCAUGAAAGUUAUUGCAAUAUUUUGUGUAAUGAUUAUAGGAAAUUAGAGCAACAAAACAAGCGUUAGCAUGACUGGUUUCAAGUAAAUAAGAUAUUACAAAAUGUGAUUUGGGUUCUAA